AUGGAGAGCGCGCUGCCAAGGGCGGCGAUGCCCGAGCCCGACGGCGGCUCCAGGCCGAGGGAGCUUCGCGGCAGCUGGGUGAGCAGCGGCGGCCGCGCGGAGGCCUGGCGGGGAUCGCCCUGGGAGGCGGCGCGGCGGCGGGCGGCGGCCCAGACGCCCCAGGUGCUGGCGACGGCGGCAAGAGGUCGCUGCGGAGGGCGCGCCGCCUCGCAGAGCGGCGCCGUGGGGGCGCGGCAGGCGCAGCCGCCUGGCGACGCGGGCAGGCGCGAGAUGGACGUGGCGGAGAUGGUCCGCUUCCUCCGGAGGCGCCUGGACGAGCAGGGCAGGGUCAUCGCGAGCCUGCGGGCGGAGCUCUCCAGACGCGCGCCGCCCGCGCGGGCGGAGACGGCCGCGGGCCGCUGA